GUCCUGCUCAGGUUCCAAUGAUGUCCCCAAAUGGUUCAGUGCCUACUAUUUAUGUGCCUCCUGGAUAUGCCCCACAGGUUAUUGAGGAUAAUGGUGUUCGAAGGGUUGUGGUGGUUCCCCAGGCUCCAGAAUUUCAUCCUGGUGGUCACGCAGUGAUACACAGGCCUCCGCAUCCCCCACUGCCUGGCUUUCUUCCUCUUCCAGCCAUGAUCCCCCCUCCACCACGUCAUAUAUACUCACCCGUGACCGGAGCUGGUGACAUCGCAACGCAGUACAUUCCACAGUAUCACACCUCACAAGUGUAUGGGGAUCUGGAUACUCUGCCUGCUCAUGGAAGAUCUAAUUUUAGAGAUGAAAGAUCUAGUAAAACAUACGAAAGGUUACAAAAAAAGUUAAAAGAUCGACACGGAACUCAGAAAGAUAAGUUAAACAGUCCUCCACCAUCUCCUCAGAAAUGUCCUUCUCCUACAAGUGAACAUAAUGGACUUACAAAAGGACAGGAUGCAGCUGGUAUAAGCACAGGUUCUACCAAAAGCAAGUCUCUGGGUAAAGGAAAAAGCAGUUCUCAGACAGACACCGAAGUAGAAGAAAAGGAUGAAGAAACGAAAGCACUUGAAGCACUUCUGUCUAAUAUAGCUAAGCCAGUGGUAUCGGACAUUCAGGCGAGAACAGCACUGCUGAUGUGGUCCCCUCCAUCCAGUGAUACCAGAGAAGACACUGACAAGAGUGACGUACCGGAUGUUUAUACCUAUGAAGUCAUGAUUUCAAAUUCCGGAAAAGAUGGAAAGUACAAAACCGUAUACAUUGGAGAAGAAAACAAAGUUACUGUAAAUGAUCUCAGGCCAGCAACUGAUUACCAUGCAAAAGUCCAAGCAGAAUGCAACUGUGUAAAGGGAAAUCCUUCAGAAGCAGAGAGUUUUACCACAACGAGUUGCGAACCUGAUACUCCAAAUCUGCCCAGGAUAACGAAUCGGACCAAAAAUUCUCUUACUCUGCAGUGGAAGGCAUCUUGUGAUAAUGGUUCUAAAAUCCACAGUUACCUUUUAGAAUGGGAUGAAGGAAAAGGAAAUGGAGAGUUUUGCCAGUGUUAUUAUGGCCAACAGAAGCAGUACAGGAUUACGAAACUAUCACCAGCAAUGGGUUACACCUUUAGGCUAGCAGCCAAAAAUGACAUGGGAAUGAG